UUGCCUUUGAUCAAUGACUUUUUCAAGUCGCUGAAUCGUGGUGGCAGAGGGUCUGGCUUCUUGCCGGACAGUGAGGGGAAGACUGAACUGAUGUCGCCGGCUUCCUUGGUCAAGGUCGACGCCGCUCGGCGCCAGGCCGACAGGAGGCUGGUUUUCAUGUUCAAAGGAAAGAGAAGUAAGGGGAAUAUGGCGUCGUAUGGCCCUUGUUGAUCUCUCGUUCUCAGCCGUGCCAUUUAUCUUCGACGAUUCCGACAGAGCGUCCGGAUAGGCUUCCAUAUUUAGAUUAGUGUGACAGAUGGGGAUGGUGGGAUGGCCACUGAUAGCAUUAUAUGACGAUGAGGAGACGACAAGACAAAUGUGACCUCGGGCCAACAGCCACCGACCAAGCGGUUUAGCCGACAAUCCAGAACAACUGGCUUCCUUCGCAGCGUACUCACGAGCGAAGUGUGGUAAGCCCCGGCAAAGAGAGAAAGGGAGUGAUACUUCGAGUCAGGAAAUACUAGUCGUAGGUAACGGUGCUGUGAGAUACAAAGAGCGACAAGUAGCCCUCUCCGGGUCUCCUCACUACCAGGUUAUUCGUCGUCUCUUGCAAGUUCAACAAUGGCUCAAACAGUGGAAGGAAAAGCAGCCAUUGUCACUGGCGCUGGCUCAGGUAUCAACCUCGAAUUCGCCCGGCUGUUGCUUCAACAUGGAGCAAACGUCGUCUUCGCCGACCUGGCUUUACGUCCAGAGGCAGAGGAUCUGGUUCGACAGUAUCAGUCUGGACCGAACAAAGCAGUCUUCCAGAAAACGGAUGUGACUUCAUGGGCCGACCUGAACGAUAUGUUCCAAGCGGCCGUGAACAACUUCCGCGGUGUCGACAUCGUAUGCCCGGGCGCAGGAGUCUUCGAACCGCCCUGGAGCAGUUUCUGGUAUCCUCCAGGAUCAGACAAGUCCGGGGACGACCCGGUCAGCGGCCGGUACAAGCUGCUCGACAUCAAUCUCACACAUCCAAUCCGCGUCACGCAGCUUGCCAUGUCUCAUUUCCUGGCAGCGUCGCCACCGUCCAGCGCGAGCAAUCCAAAGUCGAUCGUCCACAUUGCAAGCAUAGCAGGCCAAUCGGCUUCACUGCCUUUCCCGCUGUAUCACGUAUCCAAGCACGGCGUGCAAGCGUUGGUCCGAUCUCUGGCGAGUCUGGAGCAGACCCACGGGAUCCGCGUGGCGUGCGUGAUGCCGGGCGUUGUCAAGACGCCGCUGUUCAUGGAGCAUCCCGAGAAAUUGAAGAUGUUCAGGUCCUCGGGAGAUACUCCGGACGUGUGGGUGACGCCUGAGGAAGUGGCGCAGGUCAUGCUGGCGUGCGUCAAAGAUGACGAGAUCGACGCCAACAUGAGAGCGACCGCGGACAAGGGAGACGAGAGGGAAAGGGUUCCGAUCAAAGGAGGUUCAUGUCUAGAAGUGCUCGCGGGUUUCGUCAGAGAUGUGCCGCUGUACGGUAAUGUUGGGCCAUUUGCGGCGGGAAGGCCGGGUGCGACGGUGCAGGACGUUACUAAGAUGGUCGAUGAGGUUUAUGAGGUGUUGAAGCCCGGGUGGGGGCAGUAUUGAGAUAUGUCUGAGUCUAUCAGGCAGAAGGAGAACGAGGGAAAGAGAGGACCUGGUGGGAUGAGAAACUUGGUGAGAGUAGGGCAGAUAUGGGCAGCUGCCAGCGUUUUCGACACUCCGAGUCGUCAGGUGGUUGGAAUUGUUCCUCAUGCUAGCAGUGCAUACCUAGGUAAGGUACUGAAUGUUCAUUCUCACCUCUAAAUCCGCGAGAGGCGAUAGCAGGUCCGACACUGGUAACUUACGACGUAGAGAAGCAGGCCUCUGAGCGUUGCCCAGUUGUCACUCACUUGAUGUUGGGGAAGGCGUGGGAAGGGCAGUCUCGUCCGCCACCGUAAGCGGGAAAUAUCUGCCUCAAGCGUAGUGCAACGAUAAAAUUGUUGAAAUACC